AUGUCAACAAAUGGUAUUUCUAUUCCGAAAACGAUCAAUCCAGAUUUACAAAAAGAACGAAAUGCGGCGACAUUUGAUACGGAAGAUUUUGCCGUGUGGUGGUGUGGCGGCAAAGAGAAAUUGAAAUUUAAACGUUACAUAGAGUCCUAUAUUUACGAUGACAUGGAUGAGAAUUCGAAAAGAUUUCAAGAUUUAUCCCACGAAGAUAUAUACACCACCACCAUACAUGAUUUCCUAAGACUGGCGAAAAAAUUGCGAAAAUUACAGGAGGAACUUAAUCCGGGUGGUGAUGAUAUUUGGCCAACAAUGAUGAUCAAUCCUAUUGUAUGGGGUGCCAUUCCCGCCGGAAAUCCCUUUGCUGUACACUUUGCCAUGGUCGUCGAUUGUAUUCGAAAACAGGGUACCGAUGAGCAGUUUGAGAAAUUUGGUAAAGCUGCACAAGAACUAAGAAUUGGAGGAGCCUACGCUCAAACGGAAUUGGGGCAUGGUACCUAUCUGAAAGGAUUGGAGACUCGGGCGGAUUUUAAUCGUGAAACCGAUGAAUUUAUAUUGAAUACUCCAACCAUAUCAUCGUAUAAGUGGUGGCCAGGAGGAUUGGGCCAAUCGGCUAAUUUUUGCAUUGUGGUGGCCAAUCUCUAUAUCGAUGGCAGCUGUAAAGGUGUGGCCAUGUUUUUGGUUCCUUUGCGUGAUGAGAAAACCCAUAUGCCCCUGCCGGGUAUUGAUAUUGGGGAUAUUGGCAAGAGAAUGGGUUUUGCUGGGGUCAACAACGGAUAUUUGGGUUUGAAAAAUGUACGCAUUCCGCGCACGAAUAUGUUAAUGCGAAAUGCAAAGGUUCAUCGGGAUGGUACCUUUGAAGAGAGUCCUGCAUCGGUUUUGACCUAUUUUACGAUGGUAUUUGCUCGCUGUUUUAUUGUGAAUAAUAUUUCGUUGGUGCUAUCGAAAUCGGCCACUAUUGCCACAAGGUAUUCGGCUGUCAGGAGACAAAGUCCCAUUAAUCCGAAGGACCCCGAACCCCAAAUCAUCGAUCAUGUCACGCAACAAAAGAAGCUAUUUCCCGAAAUAGCUAAUUGUAUUGCCUAUAAAUUGGCAUCGGAAAAACUGUUUCAGAUGUACCAAAAAACUUCCGAAGAAAUUCAACAAGGUGAAUUCGCCAGUUUACCAGAGAUUCACGUUCUCUCGUGUGCCAUGAAAGUUUUAUGUUCGAAAACGGCGAUGGCGGGGACGGAAACUUUACGUUUGGCCUGUGGUGGUCACGGCUAUUUGGCCUCUUCUAAUUUAGGUUAUUUAUAUUCGGAUGCCACCGCUUCGUGUACAUAUGAGGGAGAAAAUACAGUUUUACUUUUACAAGUUGCCCGUUUCCUGAUGAAAUCUUAUAAGCAGGCCGUGGCGGGCAAGCCGGUGCUACCCAGUGUCACGUACUUGCAGGAAGCUUUUAGGCAGAAGUAUUCACCCAAAUGGACGGGAUCAUGGGAGAAUUUAAUCGAGAUUCUACAAUUUACUUCGGCUAAUAAAACCCGUUUGGCCUAUGAAAAUCUUGAGGCUCGCCUGAAGGCUGGACAAUCUCCCGGAGAGGCCAACAAUAAUACCGGUAUUGAAUUGACACAAGCGGCUGAGCUACAUGGCAUUUGUUUUGUCACCGGCACAUUUUUGGAGGAGGUCACCGGUCCCAAAGCUCAAACACGUAAACCGGAAUUUAAUGAAGUCCUGGGAAAUUUAUUGGAGCUAUUUUUACUUACCAAUGUCCAGCAAUAUAUGAAUGAAGUUUUGAGGGCCAUAACAAUUACCGAUGCUGAGCUGCGUGAUCUACAAACACGAUUGGAAAAUGUACUUCGAAAAAUACGACCAAAUGCUGUGGCCAUUUGUGAUGGUUUUGAUCAUCAUGAUCAAAAUUUAUGCUCCACAUUGGGCUCGUAUGAUGGCAAUGUUUAUGAACGCAUCUUUGCCGAGGCAAAACUGAGUCCGUUGAACAAGAAGCCUGUGCCGGAGGUGUUCCAUAGUCAUAUGCUGCCUUUUAUGAAAUCAAAUUUGUAA